AUGUUUAAACUUUUCGCUGUUUUUCUUGGUGCUAUGUUAUUAGCUGUAAGCUAUGGUGGAAUUCCUGGUGGUUAUACUGAUCGUCCAGAAUUAAUCGAAGAUCCAUUUGUCAAAAGUUUAACUAGUUUUGCUGCUGAAUAUUAUGCUAAGAAAGAAAAUAUUUUUCUUAGCCGUCUUAAGGUUACUCAUGUUCAAACGCAAAUUGUUGCUGGUGUUAAUUAUAAAUUAGACUUUACUGGUGAAAUUGUUAGUGAUAUUAGCGGUAAAUUAGCAACAUGUAACGCUGUUAUCUAUGUACGAUUUGAUCAAACUCAAAGCGUUACUAAUAUUGAAUGCCAUUAA